GCUGGAACAAGGAACAAUUCUCUGCCUGGGCGGUACUGCGCAGACCCCUGAACCGCUCAUGGCAGGGGAGAGCUUCCCUUUCACAUCCUCCACACUACGGGCUCUCCGCCUACAGAGAGAGUGGCUGGAAUGGGAGGACAGGAGGCGGGCUGCCGCUCGUCAGUGUCGAAGCCAGAGGUACCUCUCUAGUCCCCAGGCACGGCUCACGAGGCCACACCGCUCCUGCCGAGACCCAGUUGUCCACAGUGCCCUGUUCUCUGGGGACCUACAGCAGGUUCAAAUACUGUUCCAAGAUGAAGAGGCUGCCAACAUGAUUGUGGAGACAGUGAGCAACCAGCUGGCCUGGUCAGCAGAACAGGGAUUCUGGGUGCUGACUCCAAAGACCAAGCACAUAGCACCUCUUACCAUCGCUGUGGCCAGAGGCUACAUAGACUGCGCCCGGCACCUUAUCCUGCAGGGAGCUGACCUUGAUGCCCGGAUUGGAGGUCGUGCUGCCUUGCACGAGGCCUGUGCCCAAACCCAACCCGACUGUGUUCGGCUGCUGCUCACGUUUGGUGCCAAGGCUAAUGUGCUGUCUGAGGAGGGUAUGACCCCCUUGCACCUGUGCACGGCUCCUGAGUCUUUGCAGUGUGCCAAGUUGCUGCUAGAGGCCGGAGCAUCUGUGAAUGAGGCAUCACGAGAGAGCGAAGUCACACCCCUGCAUGUGGCUGCAGCUCGCGGCCUGGAGCAACACGUGGCUCUCUACCUGGAGAAUGGCGCAGACGUGAGCCUGCGCACCAGUCAGGGCGAGACUGCACUGAAUGCAGCCUGUGCUGGCGCAGAGGGGCCAGGUAGCUGCCGAAAGCACGCGGCAGCAGUGCGAAGUCUCUUGGAAGCCGGGGCUGAUCCCAGGGCUGCCGGUCGCAAGCGCCACACACCACUGCACAACGCCUGUGCUAAUGGCUGCGGAGGCCUGGCCGAGCUGCUACUGCGCCACGGAGCCAGGGUUGGCGUCACCAAUGGCGCUGGCCACACACCCAUGGACUGCGCGCUGCAGGCGGUACAGGAUUCCCCCAACUGGGAGCCCGAGGUCCUCUUUGCAGCGCUGCUGGACUAUGGGGCCCCGCCCGUUCACCCUGAGAUGCUGAAACACUGCGCCAACUUUCCUCGGGCCCUGGAAGUCCUCCUUAAUGCCUAUCCAUGUGUUCCGUCCUGCGACAGCUGGGUGGACGCAGUGCUCCCGGAACUGUGGCAGGAACACGAAGCCUUCUACACAUCAGCCCUAAGCAUGGAAAACCAGCCAAGACGGCUGCAGCACCUGGCCCGCCUGGCUGUUCGUGCUCAGUUGGGUAGCAAUUGUCGGCAGGCAGCCGCCCAACUCCCAUUGCCCCCACUGCUCAGAGACUACCUGCUGCUGUGUGUGGAGGGGCAAAUCCGGUGAGCUCCGAGCGGGCCACUUCUACUUCCAUCCGAUCCUACGCCCGGUGCUGAAAAACCAACCACUGCCCCUUCCUUUGCGCUUUGCCUGCCUCCAGGACCAGUUUGUCCCUCCAUUGACAUCUUAAGCCACCUGCUGAUCUUCAGGCCUUCUCAGCCUGUCCCCAACCCUCCACUCCCGUGCUUACGUAGGUAGAUGGCCGCUUUAUCUCCCCAAGCUACAAAUGAUCCACGGUGCAGCUCUCCCCUUGCCACCCAUAUGUCUACUCAGCCCUGCAUAGUGACAGGCCCUUUGUUGGACUUGAUAGCCUAUACUUCUAACCCCAGGACUGGAGGCUGAGGCAGCAGAACUAUGAGGUCAACACUAGCAAGAUCUCUGGGGGGAUGGUGUACCUUGCUUCUUUGCCUUCUUUCUAGCAUGACUCUGGAUAGAACUAAAAGAAAGGGCUACUGUGAUUGAUGUUCCCCCAGCACGAGGCAUGGAACCCGGGGCUGGGUACAUGCUAAGCGAGUGUCCCACCACAGAGUCCACCUCUGUCUCUUGAUAAAACCCAUGUCUUUAUUUUAUUUUUUUUAUUUAUUUGUUUUGUUUACAGUGUUCUGUCUGCAUGUAUGCCUGCAGACCAGAAGAGGGCACCAGAUUUCAUUACAGAUGGUUGAGAGCCACCAUGUGGUUGCUGGGAAUUGAACUCAGGACUUCUGGAAGAACAAUCAGUACUCUUAACCUCUGAGCCAUCUCUCCAGCCCCAGAAACCCAUGUCUUGAAUGGAUGCUAGAAUACUCUUUUUUUUUUUUUGGUUGGUUUGGUUUUUGUUUUUUGAGACAGGGUUUCUCUGUAUAAUAGCCCUAGCUGUCCUGGAACUUGCUUUGUAGACCAGGCUAGCCUCGAACUCACAGAGAUCUGCCUGCUUUUGUCUCCUGAGUGCUGGAAUUAAAGGCGUGUGCCACCACCACCUGGCCACCGGAGACAUUUCUGAUGUGUUCUCCCUUACUCCCCAGGUGUUGAUGGCAUCUUAAUUGGCAGUCCAUCUAGAAUGGCUUCUGGGGCCCAGAAAGGUGGAAAGCCAUUCUCUCUUUUUUCUUCUGGUCCUAGAGACAGAAAGGUAUGACCAGUCACCUUUAGGAGGAGGCUUUUCAAGGCAAACCAGUUUUGUUUGUUUGUUUUUUUGAGACAGGGUUUCUAUAGUCCUGGCUGUCCUGGAACUCACUUUGUAGACCAGUCCGGCCUCAAACUCACAGAGAUCCGCCUGCCUCUGCCUCCCAAGUGCUGGGGUUAAAGGUGUGCACUACCACCACCCGACUUGCA